GUCACUUUUGUAGAGAAGCGCACGCCGAUAGCAUCGAAACCUGAACGGUACGUCGUGGACCGGUGACGAUCGAGUGGACGAUCCUUUUCGAUAUAUAUGUAGCGCCACGAGCGGAGUAGAUCGGUUUCCAACACGUCGGGAUUGAUAAACCGUGCCAAGUUCGUAGAAAACGGUACGGCUAGUCGCGAUCCUGGAACGGUUCGAAGAUCGUCGAGGUUAUUUUGACUCUCACGCGGGAGCAUGAUCAUAGUUAUCACAUAGUGUGACACAGAAAAAGCCGUUCCGGUGGUGUACUGUCUCGUAAACUUUGAAAGUAGUACUUGUUUGUCGAGAAUUAAUCGCUGCACGUUCGAUCGGUAACAGCAAGGAUUGAUCCAUUCGAGAUUUUCAGUAGUAAGUGGAAGGACUGGAACCGCGGCCGUGCGGAUUCUCGUAACGAGUCAAGUGAAUUCUCUCGCGUACACCAUACGAAAUCUCUCACACUCGUGAGUUUCGGUCUGGUCUUCCUUUGUUCGCAUAAGGGGAACCGAGUCAACAAUAAGUGCCGCACCAUGAAGGACUUUUCGAUGAUAUGGAACCGAAUCGCCGGAAGACGAUACUCGGCUGUCAACGUGAGCCAGAAUCAGAACGACUCCAACGAACCCGUGGAGAUGUCGAUAAGCCAAAAAACGAGCACCUUGGCGAGAAAGUCAUCGAUCGCCGUGAAUCAUUUAUUUAAUGCUGCUCUAUCGAUACACGCGGAUGGAAGGCCGAAAUGGCAAAGUAUUUUCAUAUUGAUGACUUUGGGAUCCCUUGGCCUUGUCACUGGCUGCAUUCUCUUUGUGUUCCAACCGUACGACUCACUUUUCAAACUGAAGGUAAUAUUCAGCCCAGGCGGUGAGAUAUUCGAAAUGUGGCGGAAACCGGACGUUGAACUUUAUCUGAAGGUCUACCUCUUUAAUGUAACAAAUUCCCUGGAAUAUCUGUCCGGCGAGGAAAGCAAGUUGAAAUUUCAAGAGGUCGGCCCCUAUGUUUACAGAGAAUCGCUUGAACACGGAAACGUUCAAUUUAACGACAACAACACGGUGACGGCGAUGCUAAAUCAUCCACUGAAGUACAUACCGGAAAUGAGCAAUGGAACAGAAGAAGAUGAACUGAUAUUGCCGAACAUCGCCUUACUUAGUAUUACAAAUGUAAUGAGGAAUUCUGCAUAUUUUACUAGAUUGGGACUAACUUUCCUCGUUAGUCAAACGGAUUCUCGUCCUUUGGUCAAGAUGACUGCUAAGGAAUUCAUGUUCGGUUACAAAUCCACUCUUGUUACUGUUGGCAAUAAAAUAAUGCCAUCUUGGAUCAAAUUCGAUAAGCUGGGUCUCAUUGAUAGAAUGUACGACUUUGAUGGCGACUAUGUAACCGUUUACACCGGCAAAAAUGACAUACAUCGCACAGGACUAAUUGAAAAGUUUAAUGGCAAUGUAAAUCUGCCGCAAUGGACAGGAAAGUGUGCGAAUGUGAACGGGGCCAGUGAUGGAGCAAAGUUUCCGAGUUUCAUUCAGCCAAACGAUACAAUAUUAUUCUUUAGGAAGAGUCUCUGUCGCAGUGCCUACAUGACUCGAACUGGAGAGACAUUCAUAAAAGGGCUGCACACCUACGAAUACAAAUUCGUCGAAAACAUAUUGGAUAAUGGCGUCCAUAACCCAGAGAACAAGUGUUUCUGUCGGCAUGGAUACUGCUUAAAAGCUGGUUUAAUUGAUGUCACCGAUUGCUAUUACGGAUUUCCCAUCGCACUUUCAUAUCCACACUUCUAUAAGGCCGAUCCAACCAUUUUGGAAGCUGUCGAAGGCUUGAAUCCAAGGCGUGAUCUUCACGAAUCUUUUGCCUAUGUACAACCAAAAUCAGGUCUACCGGUAAAACUUGCCUUCCGUUUCCAAAUCAAUAUGGCUUUACAGAAUAUCGGAUAUGUGUCUGCAGUAGAAAAAUUCGAAAAUCUUGUUUUACCGUUGCUGUGGUUUGAAAUCGGAAUGAAUGAAUUGCCAACAUCGAUGUUAAUUCGUUUCUGGUUUUACUUAAAUUUCUUACCAGUUCUUCAAGAUGUCCUGAUUUAUUCCUUGUUCAUCGUUAGCAUUGUACUUGUAGCUCUUGGAGUUCACAAGAUCUUUUUGUACAAGCCAAAAGGAUCAAUAUUACCUCGACAAUGGUUGGAUUCUGGAAUACAAAACAAAAAAUUGCAACUUUUUAACAAUAGGCAAAUAUCGCAUAAGAUUAACGAAAUGGACACUUACUAUAGUUCAUUAAUCGAAUCUAAGGAUAUGAAUACAAUAUCUGAAGGGAAUACGGAAGUAUCGUCUUUAAAACAAGAAAUUGUGUGACUAUUAAUGCACGAUUAGAACUCUAGAUAGAGGCUAUUUUCCACGUAAAACUAACACUCAAAAGUAAUGAAGCUCAACGGAUCGUUUUAGAUUUCGUAAUAUCGCAAUCGAUACGAACAAAAAGUCGAAAUCUAUAUCGAUAGGUAAGAAAGUACUCUUAGAAUCUGAGAGUAUUUAUCUUAAAUAUUUUUAAACCUGAUCGGCAAUAAUACGAUCAAAUUUAAAUUCAAUUUAUCUAUUAUAAUUGGAUUCUAAUUAUAGAAUAAGUAUACAAUUUCAUAUUUCAUUUAACAUGAAUUGUAUUCGAGUGCAAUUAUAACAUGGUAAGCAGUGACAUCUUACGCUAAAUUUUCUGACUAAUGUAUAUAUGUCAAUGCAAACGGUGCUAAUUCAGGAACAAUGAUGUUUCUAUUACCACGUACAUAUACAAAAUGUA